CGCUGAAAGGACAAGACAUAACACACCGUCACCUAGCGCCACGCUGGCGGAAUUCAGAGUAGGACUGCGGGUAGGUAUGACACUCGACAGUCCUCGCUACAGCAAACAACCUCAUGUCUGAAUUCAGAAGCUAUUUCGGAUUGCAGGAAUAAGAACGGAUGGUGAAAAAUGGAUAAAAGGUCUAAAUCUGCGAAGCCAGAAAAAAAGAAUCGGGUGAACUCCCAGCCCGCAACGCCAGCACCCAGGAAUGUUCUGUCGCGUGCAGCUGUGCAUGCACCUGCAGCCUCACCUGCGCAGGAGGACAAACUGGCUCGACAGAAAACCAUCCUAGCUGGGGUUAUGACGAAGCUGCAGCAAGAGACGCUGACUCUGAAGCUCGUUGUCGCAGGAAGAAAGAAGUCAGACGACAAAAAGAAAGAGAAACCCGAAAGUUCAAGCAGGACUAUUAUGCGCCUCACAAUAGAGAGCAUGAAAAAGGAUUUGAGACUAGGAAACACCAAGCUUGUCAUCUCCGUUGUUGGAGGAGGUUCUCAGUUCGUCUCGCAUCCUCGCCACAAGGCAUUCAAACGAAAUUUGAUUAUAUCUGCGCUAAAUACAGAUGCUUUGAUUUUUGCGGAAGGCGAAUGCAGCGAUGAAAUGAUGAAAUGUGUGAAAGAGUCUUUGCAGGACUUCGGGCUUCUGGACACAGAACAAGUGACUGCCAUCAGAAUGGUCCCCAAAGGUAUCUUACAGCUAGGUGACGAGGAUGCGAUUCUUGAGGUGAACGGCGAAGUCGAGGACAUAAACAGUGUAAGCUUCCGCCUUGGAAUGCAGUACAAAAUAGCGGAUGUGUUGAAAGCGAAGAUGGUGCUUUUGCUGGUGGGUGAGGAUCCCGAAAUGGUGCCAGCUGUGAAAAAGGCUGCCUCUCUGCAAAUCCCUGUGAUAGUCAUUCAGGGCUUUGGCGGACUGGUGGAUUGUCUGUCUUCGAAAAUGAAAACCACUAAAGAAAGUAGAAAAGGCGAGCCAUCUGAUCAAGGAAGACGUGGUAAUCAGGCUUCAAAGACGGGGACAGACAUUGAACAUAAAGUUCCAUCUAAAGAGGAAGCCAAGAAAUACGAGUCAGACUGCAUCGAAAUUAUGAAAUAUUUCACCGAGGGCAAGUCUUCUCUCAUAAAUGUUUGUGAACUACCGAGGGGACGUCGCCAACUACGACCAUUUGUACAAUACAAUUCUGAAAGCACUCUUCUCAGAAAGAGGCAACAACGAAAGAGAAAGUUUGGCAAUAUCAUGGCCUAUUUAUAGUCUUGCGCAAGAAGAAAUUUUGGAUCGGUCCUUUUUCGAGGAUGGCAGAGAAAGAAGGCAAAAACAAUUAAACAAGUUAAUGCUAAAAGCUCUGUAGACGAGAACACCGAGUUUGUCGACUUUCUUCUGGAUAACGGGGUGUCGAUCAAGGCAUUCUUGACAGAAUAUCAUCUGCGAAAGCUGUUU